CGCAUUUUGAAGAGCGCGUGCCCGCGUCUUUACGACGUCAUUUCCUUUGCAUUCGCGCGGAAUGCUGCUAACUACAGCUAGCCAAAACGAAAAUGGGCUGGUAGUCCAGAUCUAUCACUGACACAAACCGCGGGUCAGCUCGUAUUUUCAACCAAAACAUCGCUGCCAAACGAGGAAACAAGUACCACCAAUGUAAAGUACAUUUUUCAAUAUUGUUUGUAUUCAUUUGACGUGAAAAGAGCGGCGUUUUGUUGUUGUUGACAUUCCUUAAUGAGCGCGCAGACAGAGCUGACUUGCUAGCUUAACUUUUUUUUCAUGCAUUUAAACCUUCCGUUUGUUGUGGUGCGGCGUUAGGCCGUUCCUUGGUCCUUAUAACCGGUUACGAUGAAGCUGCAGUGCGAUGUGGAAGUGGUCAACCGGAUGCUGCCAUCGUUUGGGAUGAAAAGUCGUGGGAAAGGAACGAGAGCGGUGCUUUCUAUCGGGAAGCAUAUGGACAAGACGGCUCAACGGCAAGGCGUCUUUAUGAUGAUCUGCACGGCCAAAGACAGAGCAGGAGCAAAAUACAAGCUGAAAAACAACAUUGAAAAGUUCCACACCUGGUUUGUAGAAAAAGGCAAAGCCACGGUGAGAUUAAAGGAACCCGCUGUUGACAUUUGUCUGAGUAAGGCUGAUGCAAACAGCUUGAAGAACUUCCUCUCAGCCGCUCGCUUGGCAGACAAAGGAAAUGACGCGAGCAGCCUCCCCCUGUCCACGCUCACUCCGGUUCGCGCCAGAGACGUGGAGCAACCAAAGAAGAAGCUCACCAUCAUGUCCAAGAAGGACUACCCCCUCACCUCCAACUUCCCCUAUUCUCUAGAACAGCUGCAGGUGUCGUACUGUAAGCUGUCCCGUGUGGACAUGAGAAUGCUGUCGCUCAAAGCUCUUCGCAAGCUCGACCUCAGCAACAACCACAUCAAGAAACUCCCGGCGACCAUCGGAGACCUCAGCUGCCUGACAGAACUGAACUUGCACAACAACCAGCUGGAGGCUUUCAGCGAGGCUCUCUGCCUGUCCACCCUCCAGCAGACCCUGCAGGUCCUGGACAUCAGUCAGAACCGGCUGCGGUGCCUUCCCGCUCAGUUCUGCCAGCUCAGAGAACUAGUGAACCUCAAGCUGGACAACAACCAGCUGGCGUGUUUGCCGUUUCACGUCGGGCGGCUCUCAAAGCUGCGGUUUUUAUCCGCGGCCAAUAACCAGCUGAGCGGUCUGCCCGGAGACUUCCGUAAGCUGAGUCUGGAGAACCUGGACUUGUUCGGAAACCCUUUCAUCCAAGCUAAUCCUCUGGACCACACCAUGCGGCUGACGUUCCCGCUCCCUCUGCAGGAGUUAGCAUUAAGAGCUGUUGCAAAUUUAAGAAUUCCCUACGGACCUCACCUCAUUCCCGCCCACUUGUGCCAGGAGCUUGAAGUCGCCAAAACUUGCGAGUGCGGCCGCACCUGCGUCAACUAUCACAUUGAGACGGCAGUGAACAUGAACCUGCACCAAGUCUCCCACACGGUGGUGCUGGUGGACAACAUGGGCGGCACGGACGCUCCGGUUCAGCAGUUCUUCUGCUCCCUUUCCUGUUACUCCGAAUUCUUAGACCUCGUCCUCCAGAGAAGCGUGCGGUGAAGACGUUCAUCCGCUCACAGCUGCUGACUGUUUUAGGUGAUGCUGAACUUUGUUAUCCACUUGGAUUCCUUUAACCCGUGGACUAAGUUGUUUUUAAACUUCUUGUUUUCCAGCAAAUGUCCAAGCUCUUUUCUUUUGUGAUUCUAUUCCAUCUGCGAUGACAAAAAAUCUCUGGCUGCUCACUUUUUUUUAAUAUAUAUAUAUAUAUUAUGAUUCCUGUCUUUAAAAGCAGACUGCAGUCUCCCACAAUGACUGACUUCUUCUAGCUGGGUGUGAUACAUUUCCUAAACACAGUGCCUAAGAGUUUAAGGGCAAAUGCUAAAUACAGUUGGUUCCACCUGUACUAUUGACCUUUUUUAUAGAUGUUUAAAAAUGAAAUAAAAGUGUUCAUAGUCUUGUC